UUAUAAAUAAUAGCAGCCGCGACCAAAACAAAUUAAAAAAUUGGAAAAAGAGGAGCGCCGCACCACCGAGCCACGCGAGAGCCCCCGAGCACGGGAAUUGCGGGGAAAGGUGCGCGUUGAAACGGCAACAAAACGAGAGAGCGCGAUUUUCGCCUCUGUGUGAGUGAGUGGGAAAGGAACACCAAGAAGUUGGCUGAUAAAACGCACGCACACAUGCACACGCACGCAGAGUGGGAAAAAUAGAAAAAUAAAUAUCGAAAAAUAAUAAUAAUCAGCAAGCAGGAGAAGAAGCAGCGGCAGUACAAACACAAGUGUAUAGUUGUGAUCGAAAAUCGAAAGUGUGAAGCAUUUUCUAUAAAUAGUGCAAAAUCAAAUCCAAUUCCCAGUGGAAACAACAAAACAACCAAGAAAAUAUAAAGAAAAAAGCGCAAUCGCAGUUACAAUAACAAGAAAGCGAGCAGCAAGGAGUACGUGUACGCAACGGCGCGUUACUCCCAUCGCCGCCUCAAUUCUACGGAAAAAGUGAUCAAAAUCCAAAUCGAGAUCGAGAUCCUUCGAGAUGUCUUCGCUGGACGCGCGCAGCAACUCGGCGGUGAUGAAGCGGGCGGAGCAGCUUAAACGCUGGGAGGAGUCCGACACCAACCGCGCCGCUCCCACGCCCCGCCACGAGCACGGCCGUAGGAUCAAGUUUAGCUCCGGCUGCGUCUUCCUGGCCGCCUGCCUAUCCGGCGACAAGGAUGAGGUCAUACAGCUGCUCGAUCAGGGCGCCGACAUUAACACGGCCAAUGUGGAUGGUCUCACCGCUCUGCAUCAGGCCUGCAUUGACGACAAUCUAGACAUGGUGGAGUUUCUGGUGAAGCGUGGUGCCGAUAUUAAUCGACAGGAUAAUGAGGGCUGGACGCCACUACAUGCCACUGCCUCAUGCGGCUUUGUGAGCAUAGCUCGGUAUUUGGUGGAAAACGGCGCCGAUGUAGCCGCUGUAAACAGCGAUGGGGAUCUGGCUUUGGAUCUAGCCAUCGAUGUACAACACAUGGGCAUGAUUGACUACAUGGAGAAGAUGGUGCAGGAGCUGAACAUCAACGUGGAGGAGGCUCGAAAGGCCGAGGAGCAGGCUAUGCUGAACGAUGCCAAGAAGUGGCUACGCAGUGAUGCCGCCGAGGUGGACAGGCCACAUCCAAAAACGGGUGCCACAGCGCUUCAUGUGGCCGCUGCUAAAGGUUAUACGAAAGUGCUGAGCCUGCUCCUAGCUGGACGUGGCAAUGUGGAUCGCCAGGAUAAUGAUGGCUGGACCCCACUGCAUGCCGCGUCGCAUUGGGGCCAAAGGGAGACGGCUGAGAUGCUCGUUGAAUCGUUGGCCGAUAUGGAUAUUCGGAACUAUGCCGGCCAAUCCUGCAUUGAUGUGGCCGAUCGCAAGAUAGUCAAAUUCCUGGAAGAACUGCGUGCCAACAAGCGCAACAAGCGACGACCAUCUAGUCAAAUCAGAAUCUCAGAUGCGAUUGAAAAUCAUGUGGACAAGACGCCCACGAAGCUGGUGCGCGUCGAAGUGAGAACAGAUGCCACAAAGGAUGCUGAGAAUGUCAAGCCCAAUCAGCAAAUCCACGCCGCCGAUCAUCAUCCAGUCGAGGAGGAGGCGCCAUGGCGACGAAAACUGCCACGUACACCCAACGACAGUCCCACUAAUAAUCAAGUUCCUGAUAGAGAGCUUAGCAGCAAUAGCUCGGAGACCGCCAACGAUGUCAUUUUGCGACGCACGCAAAGCUUCGAGAAUGAUCAAAAAUUCUAUCAAAAGUACAAUGAGCUGCGGGCCCGCAUAAAGGCCAAUUCCUGUCCCAUUCUGCCGGCGAAUGCGAAUCCUAAUGCCGCUGCUGCUAAUAAUAAUUCCAAUAACAAUAAUCAUCUAAGUAGCAAUAACAAUAAUAAUAGCAACAAUAAUAACAACAACAAAAGCGCUCUGCUGUUGGGAUAUGCUGGCACAACAACAAGAACAAAUACAUCGACAACAACAAGCACAUCAACAACAGCUAGUACAUUCAACAACACUCACUCAAACACCAACACCAACAACACAAGCACAACACCACAACAACAGCCAGCAACAGCAGCAGCAUCGGCAACAACAAAUCAGUUAUAUAGCGUUCAAAGAUCGGCCUCCCUCAAAGAUAACUCAAUGUAUUACAGGAAAUCAACUGUUGCCACGCCCACAAGUACAGCAGCCACAGCAAACACGACGGCGCUCAGUUCACCAUCGACAACUGCACCGAUCCCACCAAUACGCAGCCAAGUUACUGUGAAGAAUCCGACCCCGAGCAACAAUGGAAGCUCGUCCACGGCCAGUGCCGCCAGCGAUGGGGAGAGCUCCAAGCCACCGCCCAAACAGUCCACGGGCAAUAUUAUCAAGAACUUCUUCAAAUCCUUUGUGCCGCCGGUGCGAGAUGAGGAGAGUGAAACACAGCGAAAGGCGCAUGCCAAGCGCGUGAGGGAAACCCGCCGAUCAACCCAGGGCGUUACUCUCGAUGAGAUCAAGAGUGCCGAGGAGCUGGUCAAGAAGAAGAACCUAGGCAUGGCCAACAACAAUAAUAACAACAAUGUCAACACCACCACCACGAACACGAUUAGCAACAGCAGCAACGAAACAAGCGCCGCACCAUCCAGCAGUGAUCAGCGGGAGGAGACGCAACCACCGCCACCGCCCACCACACCACCGCCAGCAUUAAUUCCCACCACAACGACGGCCACCGAUGAGACGGAAAUUGAGGAGCUGGUGACCACCACCCAUCCUCCACCCUCAACUGCUAGCGACACCACAGCCAGCUUCACCUUAUCCGCUCCGGCACGAAGAUCCCUCUCGAUGGGCGAUGGCGAUGCCAGUAGUGAAACGGAGGCAACGGAUCAGUCAGUGGUCAGUGCCAGCUACACGAUAGUUUCCAAGAGGGACAAGCUACCCGUCAGCUCGGAGGAGAGUGCUGUGGAGAACACCAAACAAAAGACUGAUGACACCAAGAACACUGAUGGCACCGAAGAGAAGGCAGAAGAGGAGCCGCAUAUAAGGCCCACGGAUCUGCCAUUGAUUCCAACAUCUCCGGCCAUUAAAUCAUCAUCGACGGCCACCACACCCGCUGCCCUCGAGAGUCCUGUGCGCUCGGACAAGCGGAGUCUAACCGGAAGCCAGGACUCGGAGACAAAGUCCGAUACCGCCUCGCCUGUGUCCACACAAGCGGACUUUAAUGCCCGCGACUCCCUACUAAGUCUCUAUGCCCGACGUACCGUGGACAGCAGCGCGGGAGGUGGUGCUGGCGGUGGUGGAAGUGGUGCUGCUCCUUCGUCGUCGUCCUCGUCGGCAGCAGAGCGACGUCCGUCUUGGCGCCUGAAAUUCGAUGCCGGCUCCAAGUUUAAGCUGGAGGACAUUACCAGCGGUGGUACAUAUCCGCCCAACAACAGCACCAUUAUACCCAGUGCUCCAGCGGUGAUGGCAGCCGCCAAUCUGUCCACCACAACUGGUGUGCAGCGUCGCAUUAGCAGCGGACCCAAUGCAUUAAAUGCUUCCAAUCAGUCGCUCAACUCUGUGGGUCGUCCUGUAUCCGCGCCCAGCGAGAGCACAACAAACAACAGCAGCGCCUAUGUCACGCCCUCGCCUCGCAAAUAUGAAACGAAUGCCACGUCAACGGCAGCAGCGGCAACUAAUACUAACACAACCUCCAAUUCAGUGUCUGCAACCAGUGCCAAUCAUGCAACAACCACGGCGAGCAAUGCUACGUCGAACCAUGACGAUAAGGAUAAUGACAAGGAGAACGAUAAUCGCACACAGACCGUCAUCCAGAGGCGACGCAAACCGAAACGCAGAUCCACGGGUGUGGUGCACAUCGAUAUGGAUGAACUGGACCCCGAGCGUCAGACCGAAUCCAACAACGACAACGAGGAGAAGGAGAAGGAGAGUGGCAGCGAGCGAACAUCCCGCUCCAGACUUGGCAGCACGGCGAGCACUGCCACCACAAGUGAGUCCAAGAGCGACAAGGCAGAGAACGGCGAUGGCAUUGACUACAAGGCCCUCUGGGAAGCGGCCAAAUUGGAGAACGAUAAGCUGAAGCAGAUGCUCAAGCAGAAGGACGAUGAAGUUGUGCAAACUCGUGCCACACUCGAGAGAUUCGCCAAUGCCACAACGAAAAAUUCACUAUCUGAACUUGAGAAACGCGAAAGAAGAGCUAUGGAACGCAAGCUUUCCGAGUUGGAAGAAGAGCUCAAGCAACUUGAUGCCUACAAGUCGGAUAAUCAUCGCCUGAAGGAGGAGAACGCCGCGUUGAUUAGAGUAAUUAGUAAAUUAAGUAAAUGAAAUUAUGUUUUACUUUCACAGUGUAUAUGUAUGUCUGAGAACCUAUAUCAUCAUCGAGAAGCAACAAUUUUACUUUAUUAACCAGCUAAAAAGAGAAGGCUGAAAAAAGAAGGAGCUAGGGAGGAGAGCAUGUGUUAAGGCGAGAGAAAAUUUCAAAAUUUGUUUAUUAUUUUUUGUGUUAGGCAUUUAAGCAUUAGGUGAAACCAUGUUUCAAAUAUCGUUGAGAAUUGUUUCGUUCGUUUUAUAUAUAAACAAAGCAACAACAAAAAAAGAAAGAAAGGAAGUAAAGAAAAUCUUAUGUAUUUGGUCAAAUUUUAUAUACGAGAAUAGAGCAAAUUAUAAAAUUAUAAAAAUAAACUUACACAAAUCAAGCUUAACUAUAUUUACAUACACACAUUAUGAUCCGAGGAUCGAAAGAAAACCUUUACAUACAAAACUGAGAACAUAUUCAUCAAAUGAGCCCUAGUUACAGAUUAGUUUAACUACAUAAUACAUGCAUAUACAUACGUAUAUAUACACGUACGUAUUUAAAUAUAUAUAUUUUUUCAUAUAUAAAUUAUAUAUACACAUUACAUACUAUAUAUCGAAUCAUAAGUUCAACAUUUCAAUGUGUAAUAUCACCAUCAAGGAUCCAGGCGAUGUUCCGAAGCCACCAGCCCCACGCGUCAACUUACCAAGUGUAAUAAUCAUUAUUACCCAUCCAAUAUCAUAAUAUUGUGUUUAAUCGUGCUGCAGAUAUCGGUGAAGCUAUUCCCAAUCCGAGGAGUUAUCCUCCAUGGCGCUCUUCUAUAGAUACUUACGUAUAAAUACGGAUAGAUUUCACCGAUGAGGAUGCAUUAUUAUUUCUAUUAUCAGAACGUACGUUUAACUUUAAGCAGACACUUUUAGUUCUCACCUCUUUGUCACUUUUGAAACGUAUUAUAUACCAUAUUUGACCUUCGCUUAUAACGAAACAAAUGAUCAUACGCGUACAUAUAUCUGUUAUUUAUUAAAUUCGCUUAAGAGAUAUUUUGUGUUACUCGUAUAUCGAAACGAUAAUCAAGCAAGAAAACAACAAACAUUAAAGAACGUGAAUUGUGUAAUAUGUAAAAUUGUGUGAGAAAAUAUUUAAGAAAAAUUUGAUUCAAAUACGAAACUUAAUAAAUGUGAUCGCAAGCAAU